AUCCUCUUUAUGGGAAAGUGAAAUUGUACAUCUCUCUCCAAGAUGAGCUUGCUUUCUUCUUCCCAACGGCGUAAAGGCCAUUGUAAUAUGCGAGGACAAUGUGGAAAGACUUCACUCUUUUCGCCUGAUUUACCAUGUGCAUUGGAAGAAUCAAAAGCAGAAGAACCAAGUGAAACUUUACGCAAAUCCGCUGUGGAUGUUUGUGGACAAGAUUAUGCUGAAGGAUCUUUGUGUUGUACACAAGAUCAAGUCGAUAGUUUACGUCAAAAUUUGGAACAAGCAGAACCUUUGAUUUCCGCUUGUCCGGCUUGUAGGAAUAACUUUAGAGGUUUGUUCUGUGCAAUGACGUGUAAUGGAGAUCAAUCUCAAUUCUUGGACGUCGUCAAAUCUCAAAAGACGAGCGGUGGCGUCGAUGGUGAUAUUGCAGUAAAAGAGGUGAACUUUUGGGUGGGAGACGAAUGGAGAGAAUCUUUUUACAACAGUUGCAAGGAUGUCAAAUUUGGACCAGGAAACAGUUUUGCAAUUGAACUUUUGGGAGGCGGGGCAAAGAAUGCCGAUCAAUUACUCAAGUACUUAGGUGAUGAAAGACCUUUGAUCGGCAGUCCUUUUCAAAUCAAUUUUCCUCACGAUAAACAGAAAGAAGGGCAAAAUUUGACAUGGGCCUCAGACCCCACAUCACUUGCAUCACCGCCACAGCCCUACAAUCCACCGCCACGCAAUUGUGACGAUCCUGAUCUGCUUUCUCGCUGUGCAUGUACGGAUUGCCCGGCUGUUUGUGCUGCUUUACCGCCUGCAGAAGCGCCAAGACAUGGCGAUAUGUGUUCGAUACCCUUACCUGGAGGAGCUCGUCUACCAUGCUUCACUUUGCUCGUUAUCAUCCUCUAUUUUGCAGGAGUAGCAGUGGCCGUUUUAGGUCAGAACAAAAAGGUCAAACGUGCUAUGAUUCGCCAUAGAAAUAGUGGAAUCAGCGUUCGCAGUGAAGGAUCAGGAUACGAACGGGUUAGGAUGGGAACGGAAGAAGGAGACGAACAACCAACAUCACAACAACAUCUAGUUGGAGCGAGUGCAGACACAAGUGAUGAUGCUUCCAACGGAAGAGGACGUGGAUUGUUCUCCGGCUUGAUGGGUUCUUCACGCUCGGAUGGUGAAGCAUCACCGGCUGCAGCUGGUGCAUGGGCAUUGUCAGCUUCUCAACCUCGAUCGUACACACCUAGUGUGAUCUUGAGCAGAUUCUUUUAUCGGAUUGGCAAGAAAUGUGCCAGUGCUCCCUAUCUUACAUUUGCUAUCGCUCUUGUUCUGAUCGCAUUGGCCAAUAUCGGCUGGACAAAAUUCUCUGUUGAAACGGAUCCAAUUCGUCUUUGGGUCAGUCCAGAUUCCGAAGCACGUCAUCGUAAAACGUACUUUGAUGAACAGUUUGGACCAUUUUAUCGUACACAACAAGUGUUCGUUAUGGACGAAACGGCCGCUCCAUUAUCCGGCCAACGAACGCUGAUGGAAAAGGAUGAAUGGGAAGCAGCUUUGCAGACUACCAAUCCAGCCCUCAAUUGGCAACGUUUAGAAUGGUGGGCCGAUGUUGAAGCUGCUGUGCGUAAUUUGACAACGAAGGAUGGUAUCUCGCUCAAGGACGUCUGCUUCGCUCCUUCUGGACCUGGAGGUCCUUGUGUCGUUCAAUCUGUGAUGGGUUACUUCAACGAUGAUUUGGCUAGUGCGGGUCUGAACAAGGACAACUGGAAAGAUGCUUUGGACAGAUGUGCUUUGACACCUGCUGAAUGUCUUCCCGUAUUUGGACAACCGUUGAAGCGCAACAUUAUCCUAGGUGGUCUACCUGAAGACAGCGCACCAAGUAACGCUCGCUCAUUGGUCACGACUUGGGUCCUUGCCAAUUCUUUGGAUGCAGAAGUUGUCGAAAGAGCUCAUCAAUGGGAAUUAGCCUUGGAGGAAUUGUUAUUCUCUAUUGCCGGUAUCAAUGGAGCUCCCUUGAACUCCCUUGGUGAACGGAGAGAGGUGCUCGGCUUGGUCAUGUCACUCAACACCGAAAGCAGUUUGGAACAAGAACUCAGCAGAGCAGGCAAUACGGAUGUGUUGAUUGUUGUUCUUUCUUACCUUGUCAUGUUCUUGUAUGCUUCUUUGACGCUAGGCAGUGGUGGAGAAGCAACUUCGGACGAUUCAUCGUAUGGUGGUAAUCAAUCUUCCGAUGCACGUUCAAGACACAGCGGAUCAUCUGUACGUAGCGGAUUUGCUGGCCGCAUCUUAUCGAUUCUGCCUGGAUUCAGAGGAAGGAACACUAAUUCUCAUUCCCGUAACAGACGUCUGGCCAAACGAUUCCUUGUUCAAAGCAAAUUCAGCCUUGGUCUCUUUGGAAUCUUGGUCGUCUUGGCUUCUGUUUCUGCUGCCGUGGGAGUUUGGAGCGCUUUAGGCGUCAAAGUGACACUUGUCAUCGUCGAAGUGCUGCCGUUCUUACUGCUCGCUGUUGGUGUGGAUAACAUCUUCUUGCUUGCAGAUGAGAUGGACAGACAAAAUGCUCUUGCCAGUAAAGCAAAUCCAUACUCACGAGGACGAUCAUCAACUGAUACUGGAUUGAAUGUCGGCAUUGACGCUGUACGAGCUGAUAAUGUUGGCGAUUUGGAUGAAGAUGAUGAAGACGAGGAUGAAGGAGAGAUUGCUGCUGCUGCCGCUGCUGCUUAUGGCACACGAGCUCCACGAUCUCGAUCAGGUGCUUUCAAUGUCUCGGCUGCUGAGAGAGCUGCUCGAACACUUUCUCGUGUUGGACCGAGUAUCUUGUUGAGUGCAUCCGUUCAAGUAUGUGCAUUCUUGUUAGGCGCAACGAUUCCGAUGCCUGCCGUUCGUCAUUUUGCAUUGUAUGCUGCUGCAAGUAUGACUUUUGCCGCAUUAUUGCAAUGUACCGUCUUUGUGGCAGCAAUGGCUUUGGACGCAGAUCGAGUAGAGGCAGAUCGUAUUGAUUGCUUGCCUUGCUUACGAUUGCCGACUAGUACGCCAAUUCAUUCUACUCUUUCUACAUCUGAAUAUUCAGGUCUCGUUUUGGGUUCCACUCAAGGCAUGAAAGGUGAAGGAUGGCUUGGACGUACGAUCAGGAGGUCUUAUGCCCCUACGUUGAUCAAACCAAAAGUCAAAUUCUUCGUCAUGGCGCUUUUUGCUGCUAGCUUUGCAUUAAGUUGUAUUGGCGUACGAAGUAUCAAGAUGGGACUCGAUCAAAGAUUAGCAUUGCCAAAAGGAUCGUAUUUGCGCGAUUACUUUGAUGCUGUCGAUUCGUUCUUGGAUGUUGGACCACCGGUUUAUUUUGUUGCACGAGACGUUGAUGUGACCACUCGUGCAGGUCAGCAGGCCAUUUGUGGUCGAUUUACCACUUGUCAUCCUUUAUCGCUUGCAAACACACUGGAAGGAGAACGAAAGAGGCCAGAAGCAAGCUUCAUCGCUGAACCUGCAAGUUCUUGGAUUGAUGAUUUCUUCCAAUGGCUCAAUCCCACGUUGGAAUCAUGCUGUCGGGUAAAGAACUCGGAUCCAAAGCAAUUUUGCAAAUCAUCAGAUAGCGAAUACGAUUGUCAACCUUGCUUUGCCAAUCGAACGCCAGCAUGGAACAUCACUUUAGAAGGAAUGCCAGAAGGAGAUGAAUUCAUGCGAUAUUUACAUCAAUGGCUCAUCAGUCCAACUGACGCUCAAUGUCCAUUAGGAGGACAAGCAGCUUAUUCAGCUUCUCUGGCAAUCGAUCCUGAAACAGAUCGCAUCAUCACUUCCCAUUUCAGAACGUUCCAUUCCCCACUUCGUUCUCAAGCCGAUUUCAUCGAUGCUCUUCGUGCCACCGAACGGAUUUCUGCCAACGUAAAAGAAGCAAGCGGUAAAGCUUCAGGAGGAAGUAUUGGCGUUGAAAGCUUGGAUGUGUAUGCAUACGCAGUCUAUGUUCCUUUCUUUGAUCAAUAUCUUUACUUGGACAGGCUUGCAGUUCAACUGCUAGGAGGAGCAUUACUGGCAAUCAUUGGAGUAACAACUUUACUUUUGGGAUCGUUACGAACGGCUUUAAUUCUUGCUUUGUGCGUUUCAAAUGCAGUCUUUUGUGUUUCUGCCGUGAUGGGCGUUUUGGGGAUCGGUUUGAAUGCUUUGACUUUGGUCAACUUAGGAGUUUGCGCUGCAAUUUGCGUUGAAUUUUGUGCACAUGUUGCAAGAGCAUUUAUGCGAGCUCCUGGCAGUUUACCUCGCCAUCAUGCUCUAGCACAACGUGAACGUGAUGAUCGAACUUGGGCUGCUUUGGUGGACGUUGGACCAUCAGUGAUCAGUGGUAUUACUGGAACCAAAUUAGUCGGAAUUUCAGUUUUGUUUUGGGCACAAUCCGACAUUCUCAAAUUAUACUAUGCCUCUCUAUGGUUCGCUUUAAUCUUAAUCGGUGCCGUUCAUGGAUUGGUUUUCUUGCCCGUCAUUUUGAGCAUUUUUGGCGGUCGUGGCUAUGCAAGUGGAGAUGACGAAGCAGAAGUUUCAAGAAGGUUGAGAAGAGCACAUGAUUCAGCUGAAUUCCGCCCUUUUGCCGCUGAUGUUGAGGCAGAAGAAAGCGAAGAUGAAUAUUAUUAAUGUGUAUGAAUAAUUAUACCAAAUCUCUCAACAUCAUACAAUACACUCAUUCUUUGCAAACAGCUUUAGUAGUACAACAAAUGAAAUAUUGAUACCGUUCUGAGUA